AUGUGCGGAAUCAUCGGUCUGAUUCUUGCCGACUCAACGGCCAUUGAUGCGGCCGUCGAUCUUCACGAAAGCCUGUACUAUCUGCAGCAUCGUGGUCAGGAUGCUUGCGGUAUCGCCACCUGUGCUGCUGGCGGUAGGAUAUUCCAGUGCAAGGGCAAUGGCAUGGCCUCCAAGGUCUUUGAGGAUGGCAAGCGAAUCGGCGACCUUCCCGGAUACAUGGGCAUUGCCCAUUUGCGGUAUCCCACUGCUGGCACCAGCUCGAGCGCUGAGAGUCAGCCCUUCUACGUUAAUUCCCCCUAUGGCAUCUGCUUUGCCCACAAUGGCAACUUGAUCAAUGCCCCAGCCUUGCGCAACUUCCUGGACAAGGAAGCGCACCGUCACGUCAACACAGACUCAGACAGCGAGCUGAUGCUGAACGUAUUCGCCAAUGCCCUCAACAACACGGGUAAGGCCCGUGUCAACACCGACGACAUCUUCAGCGCCCUAGUUGAGACGUACGAGCGCUGCCAGGGCGCCUGGGCUGUGACGGCCAUGAUCGCUGGUUUUGGCAUUUUGGCUUUCCGUGAUCAGUAUGGCAUUCGCCCCCUGAUCAUGGGCAGCCGCCCGUCCGCGACUAUCGAUGGAGGGAUCGACUACAUGUUGGCCUCUGAGAGUAUCGCUCUCCGCCAGCUGGGGUUCAAGAACUUCCGCGACAUUCUGCCAGGUGAGGCCGUCUUUAUCCAGAAGGGCGGCAAGCCCCAGUUCCACCAGGUCACCCCGGCGAAGAGCUAUGCGCCCGACAUCUUCGAGUAUGUCUACUUCGCCCGCCCGGACACGGUCAUGGACGGCAUUUCAGUCAACAGCAGCCGUCAAAAUAUGGGCGCCAAGCUUGCCGACAAGAUUCGCUCGGUUCUGGGAGAGGAGGGUCUCAAGGAGAUCGAUGUCAUCAUCCCCGUGCCUGAGACCAGCAACACUGCAGCCGCUGUUGUGUCAGAGCGCCUGGGCAAGCCCUUCUCGAACGGCUUCAUCAAAAACCGUUACGUUUACCGCACCUUUAUCCUACCGGGCCAGAAGGCCCGCCAAAAGAGCGUGCGCCGCAAGCUGAGCGCCAUGGAGUCCGAGUUCAAGGAUCGUGUGGUCUGCCUUGUGGACGACUCCAUUGUUCGUGGCACCACCAGCCGCGAGAUUGUCAGCAUGGCUCGCGAGGCUGGCGCCCGCAAGGUCAUAUUCGCCAGCUGUGCUCCGCCCAUUAAGCACCCUCAUAUCUACGGCAUCGAUCUCGCCACCCCGGCCGAGCUCAUCGCCCACGAGAAGAGCCGGCAGGAUAUCGCUCGGCACAUUAACGCCGACGAGGUCAUCUACCAAGACCUGGAGGACCUGAAGCAGGCCUGUUUCGCCGUCCUUCCCAAGCCCCCGGCCGACAGCAAGGUCCCCGUCGUCAACGAUUUUGAAGUCGGCGUGUUCUGCGGCGAAUACAAGACCGAGGUACCCGAGGGCUACUUUGAGCACCUGAACGAGGUUCGCGGCAAGAAGCGCAAGAUGGCCGAGGAGGCUACCCCUGGCUCUCAGACACUCGUUGGCAAUGGUGGUGUAGUCAACGUUGCGGGCGGCAAUGGCAAUAAGCGGGUCGCUGUGGAUGGCGAUGAUGAUGCUACGCCUAGUGGAGCGCAAAACGGCGAGCAACCGCCGGUGGUGUUGAAUCGACAAGACAUCAGCCUGCACAACAUUGCCAACGAGGCUAUGAACCACUAA